UCACACAACGCCAAAGUAAACAUCCACUUUAAAUUCACCGUGAUAUUUUUACACUUUUCACUUCACAAAGGAAAUUUAACUACUCCUAAAUAGAUUGAAGAUAUUUCUAAGAUUUGUGCGCGUGUGAGUACUAUUGUGCAGAAACAUCCCAAAUGUCGUUUGCUAGAAGAUUGCACAAGGAGUUAGCUGAGCUGAGGGAUGCAGAUUUGCCCUACUUUACCAACAUACAAGUAGAUGACGCUAAUGUGCUCGUCUGGAGAGGACUUCUAGUACCAAAAGACCAACCCUACAACAAGGGAGCGUUUAUUGUAGAGUUUAACUUUCCGCCCGAGUACCCUUUCAAACCUCCACAGGUAACCUUCAAAACGAAAAUUUACCACCCUAACAUUGGUGAGGACGGCCAGAUAUGUCUACCCUUACUGAGUCCAGAUAACUGGAAGCCUUCCACAAAGGUGGACCAAGUUAUAGAAGCUCUGGUAGCCAUGGUAAACUGCCCUGAGCCCGAACACCCCAUUAGACCCCAGCUGGCCGAGGAGUUUGUCAAAAAUAAGAAAAAGUUUUUCAAAAUCGCGGAAGAGUUUACUGUGAAACACGCUGAGAAGAGGUCGAGGGCGUCUGUGUCGUCUACAAAAUAGUGUAAAUCGUGUAAUUACUCGUAGAGUUCCUAUGUCGUUCAUUGUAAUUUAUAUUUUAUCCUGACUAUAGUAAAUUAUAUAAAAAUUAGGAUUA